AUUAAAACGAUUUCGUGUUUUUCGUGUCUGUAUUUAUGCUCACUUCUAUCGUCUCUUACUUUGCCAUCACCCAAGACGACCGACCUUCUGACACUAUUUUCCGACAACCCGGCCGGCACUGUCUUUUCUUUGUUCUCAAUCGUUUAGUUCUGAUAAUUCACAUUUGAUGGAUUCCAAUAAUUGGAGACCUAAUCCGGGUACUGAACCCACUAUUGACACAAGUGAGUGGAGAGCUCAAUUGCAACCUGAUUCACGCCAAAGAAUUGUCAACAAAAUAAUGGACACAUCAAAAAAACAUCUUCCCGUUUCUGGUUCUGAGGGAUUACUUGAACUUUGGAAGAUUGCUCAAAGGUUUGAAGAGAAGAUUUUUACUGCCGCAACAAGCCAGUCUGAUUAUCUACGGAAAAUAUCUAUGAAAAUGCUUACGAUGGAGACUAAAUCUCAAAGCUCCAUUGCCAACAAUAUGCCUUCAAAUGAAGGUGGUCCUAGCAACAAACCGCCCGAUCAAGAUAAUUCACAUUUGAUGGAUUCCAAUAAUUGGAGACCUAAUCCGGGUACUGAACCCACUAUUGACACAAGUGAGUGGAGAGCUCAAUUGCAACCUGAUUCACGCCAAAGAAUUGUCAACAAAAUAAUGGACACAUUAAAAAAACAUCUUCCCGUUUCUGGUUCUGAGGGAUUACUUGAACUUUGGAAGAUUGCUCAAAGGUUUGAAGAGAAGAUUUUUACUGCCGCAACAAGCCAGUCUGAUUAUCUACGGAAAAUAUCUAUGAAAAUGCUUACGAUGGAGACUAAAUCUCAAAGCUCCAUUGCCAACAAUAUGCCUUCAAAUGAAGGUGGUCCUAGCAACAAACCGCCCGAUCAAGAUAAUUCACAUUUGAUGGAUUCCAAUAAUUGGAGACCUAAUCCGGGUACUGAACCCACUAUUGACACAAGUGAGUGGAGAGCUCAAUUGCAACCUGAUUCACGCCAAAGAAUUGUCAACAAAAUAAUGGACACAUUAAAAAAACAUCUUCCCGUUUCUGGUUCUGAGGGAUUACUUGAACUUUGGAAGAUUGCUCAAAGGUUUGAAGAGAAGAUUUUUACUGCCGCAACAAGCCAGUCUGAUUAUCUACGGAAAAUAUCUAUGAAAAUGCUUACGAUGGAGACUAAAUCUCAAAGCUCCAUUGCCAACAAUAUGCCUUCAAAUGAAGGUGGUCCUAGCAACAAACCGCCCGAUCAAGGAUUUGUUUUACAGUCUCAAGCUCUUAAUCAAGGUCAGCAACAUCCUAAUCCUUUGCCUAGUCAGCACCAGCCUCGUCAGCAGCUUCUAUCUCAGACCAUUCAAAAUAAUGUUGCACCUCAACCUAACCUGCCCUCGGUAUCCAGUUUAUCGCAGAAUUCUGGUCAGAAUAUUAACCAAAAUUCCAACACACAACCUGGGCAGAAUUCCGCAGGGAACACUAUUGGCCAUAAUUCCAAUGUACAAAGUAUGUUUUCUGGUUCUCAGAGACAAAUGCCAGGAAGGCAACAGGUUGUUCCCCAACAGCAACAGCAAUCACAGAAUCAACAACAUAUUCUUUAUCCACAGCAGCUUCUGAAGCAAAAGUUUCAGAUGUCUCAGAUGCAGCAGCAGCAGCAACAGCAGAAUCUUCUGCAACCAAAUCAGUUGCAAUCAUCUCAGCAAUCUGUUAUGCAGCCUUCAAUGUUGCAAUCAUCUCUAUCUAGUCUCCCGCAGAAUCAGCAGUCUAACAAUGUUCAACAGUCAACACAGUCCAGGCUUCAGCAACAUUCCCAAAUUAUUCGGCAGCAACAGUUACAGCAACAGAAUUCUAUUGCUCAUCAGCAACAAACACCAAUGGCUCAACAACAGCAGCAGCAACAGCUUGUGGGGACUCAGUCAAAUGCAACGAAUGGGCCACAUGCUCAGUUGCUUGGGCAACAGAACAAUGUUGGGGAUACACAGAAAUCCCAGAGGUUGCUUUCUCAGCAGAAUAAUCUCAUGAAUCUGCAACAGCGGCAGCAGUUAAUGAAUCAGCAAAACAAUCUAACAAAUAUACAUCAACAACAGUUGGGAAAUAAUGUACCAGGGUCGCAACAGCAGCAACAACUAUUUGGAACAGAGUCUGGCAACCAAGGCAUCCAAACAAGCCAUCAUUCUGCACACAUGCUGCAACAAUCAAAGGUUUCAAUGCAGCAACAAUUACAACAAAAUGCAUCAAAGUUGUUGCCGUCUCACUUGCAGCAGUCCCAGCCACAGGCUUCACAGCAGCAGUUAAUGUCGCAGAUUCACAAUCAGCCUACGCAGAUGCAACAGCAACUGGGUUUGCAACAGCAGCCAAAUACCUUGCAACGAGAUAUGCAGCAAAAACUUCAAGCAUCAGGGUCCUUACUUCAACAGCAAAGUGUUCUUGAUCAGCAAAAACAAUUAUACCAAUCUCAAAGAGCUCUUCCAGAAACAUCAACAACUUCUGUGGAUUCUACAACACAGACUGGACAACCAAGUGGGGUUGAUUGGCAAGAAGAAGUUUAUCAAAAGAUGCAAACUAUGAAAGAAAACUAUUUGCCAGAUAUGAAUGAAAUGUGCCAGAAAAUUUCUCUGAGACUUCAGCAGCAUGAUUCUAAUCCUCAACAACCAAAGUCAGAUCAGAUUGAAAAACUGAGGGCAUAUAAAAUGAUGUUGGAACGCAUGAUAGCAAUCCUACAGAUUCCGAAGAACAGCAUUUUGCCUAGUUUCAGGGAAAAAUUAGGAUCAUAUGAGAAGCAGAUCGUAAAUCUCAUAAAUUCAAUUAGGCCUAGGAGAAGCGGGUCUUCACUGCAACCAGGACAGCUUCCCCCAACUCAUGUUCCCUCCAUGCAACAGUCACAAUCUCAAACACAUCAAAUGCCUCAGGUUAACCAAAUGAGUGAUAUAAAUGAUAUGAAAAUGCGACAAGGAAUGAGUGUUAAACCAGGGGUAUUUCAGCCACAUCUUACAUCAGAUGGUGCUUAUGGUAAUGCUUUAGCAGCUACUUCUGGGAAGUCAACUGCAGAGCAGCCUCUUGAGCGCCUAGUCAGAGCGGUGCAAUCAAUGUCAACUAAAACAUUAAGUGCCGCUGUCAAUGAUAUUAGUUCAGUUGUCAGCAUGACUGAUAGGAUAGCAGGAUCAGCUCCAGGUAAUGGAUCCAGAGCAGCUGUUGGUGAAGAUUUGGUUUCCAUAACUAAUUGUCGUCUUCAGGCUAGAAAUUUUACUACUCAAGAUGGGAGUAAUGGAACCAAGAAGAUAAAGCGCUACAUCAGUUCUAGACCCUUAAAAAAUGUGUCAUCUGCUGGAAGCAUGAAUGAUAGUAUCAAUCAAUUUUCUGCUUCAGAGGCUUCUCAACAGAAGUCAACUGCAUCCUCUAAUUUCACGAAGCCAAAGGCUGAGGUUAGUCAUGCCCUUUUGGAAGAAAUACGGCAAAUUAAUUGCCGACUUAUUGACACAGUAGUAGACAUAUGUGAUGAGGAUGUUGAUCCAACUAUAGCUUCUGUUACUGCUGCCGAAGGUGCAGAAGGGACCAUCGUCAAAUGUUCUUUCAUUCCUGUGGCUCUCAGCCCAUCUUUAAAAUGUCACUAUGCUUCACUACAGUCACCUAUUCAGCCCCUGCGUUUGCUGGUCCCUCAAAAUUAUCCUAAUUGUUCUCCCAUAUUCCUAGACAAGCUUCCGGUUGAAUCCUGUAAGGGGAAUGCAGAUCUUACAGAGAAAGCAAAGUUAAAGUUCAGCGUAGCCUUACGUAGUGUGUCACAACCUUUUUCCGUUAAGGAUAUAGCAAAGACUUGGGAUAGUUCUGCUCGCGGCGCUGUUUCUGAUUAUGCGCAACAAUUUGGUGGAGGAACCUUCAGCUCUAAAUAUGGAACUUGGGAGGAUUGUUUGGCUGCAUGAAUGAUUCUUGCCUUUCUAUGCCCAAGGAGGUUUCAAAACUUUAUGCUUUUUUUUUAUGAGCAGUUAUUUAUUGGAUGUAAGUAAAAACAAGUUGGAAUUGUCUUCAUUUCUUAAAAAGAAAUAGAGGACUUAAUUAAGAGAAAGACAAAGGGGAGAGAUGAUUUAUUAUCAAUUUUGUUUAUCAUUUAAAUUUCUGUGUCUUUCUCUAUUUAUUUAAGAGUCAUUUAUUUCUUGAGAAAUGGAGCAGAUUCCAACUCAUAAAAACCUACUUAUGAAGUGUUUUUAAAUCUUUAUAUAUACAUUGUGAUAAGUUAUUACAUUUAUAAAGGUGGGUCAUGGUUGGCCUGUUUUGGUAGACUUA